AAAUUCGUACAUCGGUAUAGUAAUUUUCCAAGAUGACGCGAAAUUUUUACAUUGCCAUCGCUGUGUUGAUGUCGCGUUUAUCAAUCUUCACUAGAAUAGUGCUUGCUCUACGCUGUAAGCACUGCGAGUCAGAUGUCAGCUGGGAAGCCUGUAUUAAAAGUUCAGAAGUUACUACAUGCUCCGUUGACAAGUCUGUUGAGAAGGCUGUGAAAUUUCACCAUUACUCGGGUGUGGCCAACAUAAGUAGUAGUCCGUCCUGCUUUCGGUUACAGUUGACAACCCAAUCUACCGGGAAAGAUACCUAUAGGUCAGGUUGUUCAUACGAUAGAAGUUUCUGCCAAGAGUGGGACAAAACGAAGGUUAUCGUUGUGCAGUGCUCGUUCUACUCCGAAGAAAGUCAGCCGUCGCCACCGAAAAGUUCUGGAUCGAAUAAAAAAAAUAAACCGGUAGAAGCUAUAGAAAAGCUCACUGCAGAAGACACAAAUAGUCUCCCUUUGGAUACAAAUAAGAACUCAAGUGCAACGCAAGAAGCGACAAUAUCAAGCACCAAUGGACGCAACGGCAGUUUUAUUAUGCCCGUUGCUUUUGUGCUUCUUGUAAUUGUCAUUGGGUUCGGAUAUUAGCUGAGCCUAUGAACUUAAAGACCAGCAUGUAUAGUUUUAGAUUUAAUAAUAAUUCAACAACACACCAAAAAACAAUGAAAUUUAAACGACAUGUAAAUCAAUACGAAUGUAAACAUACAACGAUUGAAUCAAAAAUUUGAUUAAAAAUUACGUUAAAAUCAAUUGGAGCCUCAAACAGCAUACAAUUUUACACUUUCAUUCGUGUAAUAUUACAUGUCAUCCAUUUUACAGCAGUAAAAAUACAUUGAAGUGCAUUGGUUUUCCGUUUAAAGAAACUGUAAUUUUCAAUUCGCGUGAAAAGUUAUAAUAAAAUUAGAUGAAUUAGUCGUGUGUAAU